ACACUCACUGUGCAUGAAUUUAUUUCCUUCUCUGUAACUCCACUUGAACAAUGGACCUUACAAUCUUUGCCUUUAACAGACUUCAUUUGUUCCUAUAUUUGACAGCAUGGUCAGUGAAUUUUGGUCUUUCAGACUAUGAAGUUGGACGGAUGUCUGCCUGUUGUACUUUCCUUGAUGGUGAAAAACAUUUGUUUGAGUAUCUGUUAACAUACAGAUACAACAGAAACUUAUUUAUGCAGUACAACAGCACACGGGGCAAUUGGAUAGGCUUUACAGCAUACAGCAGUAAUUGGGCUGAUUUAUAUAAUAAUGAUCCUGAAGACAGCAGACUAAGGAAACUUGAACAGCUACUUUUGUGUUUAGAGGGCAAAGAAUUUCUUCCUGUCAUAAAAAACAGGACUGCUACCCCAAGCCUCACACUGACUACAGUGGAGCAGUCCGGUCAAAGAAACCCUGCAUUGCUCUUGUGCAGUGCUUAUAACUUCUAUCCACAGGAGAUUCAGAUGACAUGGUUACUCAAUGGAGAAGAGAUUACUUCAGCUGUGACCUCCACUGAUGUCUUGUAUAGUGGAGACCUGUAUUACCAGAUUCACUCUUACCUGGAGCACAGGCCGAGGCCUGGAGAGGAAGUGUCCUGUAUGGUAGAGCAUGUGUCCCUGCCAGAGCCCCUGGUGCAGGUCUGGGAUCCCCACCCACCCCUUCCUCGGUCAGAAAGAGUCAAAAUUGCUGUUGGGACAUUUUUUCUUGUUGUUGGUUUAACAGCACUGGUAACAGGAUUCAUCAAACAUAAAAAACGCACACCUGCACUUUGUACAGUGAUGCAUGGAUUGGCACCAGUUCCAGUUGAGCAUGAAGAAGAAAGUUUAAACUAAACAAAAAAGGGUUCAUCUCGACUUUGUCACAAUAACAGAGACCAUCUCUUGUCUUCUCUACAUAAGCAACAGAGUUCUUGUGAAGAAUCAAAAUUUGUAUAAUUGUUGUGUAAUAUCAAAUGCAUUUUAUAAACAUCACAUUAAACUUCACUAAGACA